CUCUUCCCCCAGUGUUUUAUGGACUGACUAACAUAGACAGACUCAUAUAUAUGCAUUAGCAUGUUAUAUUUGACUCAGGCCUUCAUGUGUGCAGAGCAGCUGGCCAGAUGUUGGACGCGGAGCUGCUGUCACUGACCUCGGUGCUGAACACGACGUCAGAUGAACCUGCGCGCACCACAGGAGACACGAUACAGCCUCACUCCCUCUUUGAUUUAUUGAAGCUACUCUAAACACCCACUUUUGCUUUCUAAACUUUGAUCUUUUUUAUUUUCCCGUCCCUUCUCUUUCUCUCACACACAUACACACUCUCUCUUUUUUUUUUUUUUUUUACUCCGGACAAAUCCACAACAGAUGCACAACGCUGGCUAUCAAUUUCACUCCUUUUCGUUUUCCGUCGUGAUGGCACUUGGCGCGGCUACUGUACGCCAGGCAGGAGAUGAGCUGGUGGUGGAUGAAGGCGCACAGAUCGUUUGAUUCCUCCUCCUUUUUUCUCGCUUUAGCGCUUUCAUUGUGAAAAUUAGACUCGUCUUCCGGACCGUCGCCUCCCCUGGAUUCAGAUUUAUCACAACUUGUGUUUGUUGUUUUCCUCGCAGCCGCUGCAGUCGGCCAUCCUGCGCCGUAACAUGACGAUUAAGCAGUAGAAAUAAAAACAGUGAGAAACAGGCCCUACACAUAGAAACUGGAUAUGGCAUCCGUGAGGACGAAAGCCACGGAAUUUGCGGGGAAGACCCUGGGUCAUAUGUACAGGGUGAUAGAGAGGAAACAGAAAACCGGGGAGGUGAUCGAGCUGACGGAGGAUGGGCGGCCCCGGGAGGCCGCGGAGAAGAAACCCCCGCUGUGCGACUGCAAGUGCUUCGGUCUGCCCCGCCGCUACAUCAUCGCCAUCAUGAGCGGCCUGGGCUUCUGCAUCUCCUUCGGUAUCCGGUGUAACCUGGGCGUGGCCAUAGUGGGCAUGGUCAACAACAGCACCAUCCACCAGAACGGCAAGAUCAUCAUCAAAGAGAAAGCCAAGUUCAACUGGGAUCCAGAGACAGUGGGAAUGAUCCACGGAUCUUUUUUCUGGGGCUACAUCGUUACACAAAUCCCGGGAGGAUACAUAUCCUCCAGGCUGGCAGCGAACAGGGUAUUUGGUGCAGCCAUUGUGCUAACCUCAACUCUCAACAUGUUCAUUCCCUCGGCUGCCCGAGUCCACUAUGGGUGUGUCAUCUUUGUCAGGAUAUUACAAGGGUUGGUGGAGGGAGUGACCUACCCGGCCUGUCAUGGCAUCUGGAGUAAGUGGGCUCCUCCGCUGGAAAGGAGUCGUCUGGCCACCCUGUCGUUCUGUGGCUCUUAUGCUGGUGCUGUGAUAGCGAUGCCUCUGGCUGGGAUCCUGGUUCAGUAUUCAGGCUGGUCCUCAGUGUUCUAUGUCUAUGGAUGCUUCGGCAUUUUCUGGUAUAUGUUCUGGAUCCUUGUGUCUUAUGAAAGCCCUGCUGUACAUCCGACCAUCACUGAUGAGGAACGCUGCUACAUUGAGGAGAGCAUUGGAGAGAGCGCCAAGCUGGCCGGUCCUGCUGAGAAAUUCAAGACCCCCUGGAGGAAGUUCUUCACCUCUAUGCCUGUCUAUGCAAUCAUCGUGGCCAACUUCUGCAGGAGCUGGACGUUUUACCUGCUGCUGAUUAGCCAGCCUGCAUACUUUGAGGAAGUCUUUGGCUUUGAGAUAAGCAAGGUUGGCAUACUGUCUGCCCUGCCACAUUUGGUGAUGACUAUCAUCGUGCCCAUCGGUGGCCAGCUGGCCGACUACCUACGCAGCAAGAACAUCCUGUCGACUACCACUGUCAGGAAAAUCAUGAACUGUGGAGGAUUUGGCAUGGAGGCCACAUUGCUGCUGGUGGUAGGAUAUUCCCACAGCAAAGGGGUGGCCAUCUCCUUCCUGGUGCUGGCAGUGGGCUUCAGUGGAUUUGCUAUAUCAGGCUUUAAUGUCAAUCACUUGGACAUCGCUCCACGCUACGCCAGUAUCUUAAUGGGAAUCUCUAAUGGUGUGGGUACCCUGUCUGGGAUGGUGUGCCCACUGAUUGUUGGUACCAUGACAAAGAACAAGACUCGAGAGGAGUGGCAAUAUGUGUUCCUGAUCGCCUCCUUGGUGCAUUAUGGGGGUGUGAUCUUCUACGGGAUCUUUGCUUCAGGAGAAAAACAGCCGUGGGCCGACCCAGAACUGACCAGCGAGGAGAAGUGCGGCUUCAUAGACGAGGAAGAGCUGGCAGAAGAGACGGGCGACAUCACUCAAAGUUACGGUGCCUUUGGAGCUCAGCCCAAGUCGUACGGUGCAACCACGCAGGUGAACGGAGGCUGGGCUUCAGGCUGGGAGAAGACAGAGGAGUACGUCCAGGAGGAGGCGCAGGCAGGAGGCUACGGCUACAGGCAGGAUGAGGGAUACUCCUAGACCAAACACACAUUCGCCGACACAUGAGUAGACUUAUUUUCCUGAGUGUGCAUCAGUUUAGUCAUAAAAAUAUCGACAAACGAGAAAAACUACAAUCCAUUGUUGUAUUGUUUGCACAAAUUCUAAAAGAAAAAACCUAACAAAGUAUCAACGUAAUGUAAAAAUGACUAAAAUGUGUAAAAAAUACAAGGAUAUUUCGAUUAAUAGAGGUGUAACAUAUCAAAUUGGCAGUCUGUAAAUGUAUUAUUAUGCAUAUUGAUAAUAGAUAUAUUCAUUUGGAGUGCAAUUGUGUGUAAAUGUGGACAUCUUCAUCCCAUCAGCCGAGGCUUCCUGGCCAAUCUGAAGCCUGUAGGCUUAGCCUACAUAGAAGCUGCCCAAGAGAACCAAACCCCUUAUUUAUCAAACUAACUGUUACAGUACAACGUCCUAGAAGCCAGCCAUUACAGUGUAUAGAUAUGUCACUGCACAGCGUCGUAAACAGGAACUAGACACUCUGUCGAUAUAGAUUGUACUGUAUCUCUCCUGAAUGCACUCAGAGUAGUGUGUCCUCUUAAUGCACAAUAUGAUGGUCUUUUUGUUUUCUUAUCACCGGCUUCUGUGUGUGUGUGUGUGUGUGUGUGUGUGUGUGUGUGUGUGUGUGUGUGUGUGAGAGUGUGCGUGUGUAAAAGUCCAAAACAUGUGAGUGACCUGGUGUAGAGAUCUGAGUGGCAUAUAAUGACCUGUGAUGACCGUUUGGUUGCACUUGCAUAUAAGGUAAAACAUGUCUGUCUAAUGUUUGCUAUAUGUGAUCCAUUUUGUAACUCGGUACCUCUGCAGUCGAACGUUUGAGUUUAGCAUUUUCAACCCGUCACAUCUCAGCAGUGUAGUGCAGGAGUAAAGCCAUUCUCAUUAUUGUACUCACCAUAACUGUCAAAAGUCUAGUUGCACCAAUGCGCUACUGAAAGAUUUGUCUUAGAUAAAUACAUAUAUGACAGAGAAAUCUAGAGAUAAAGAUGUAUAAGAGUUUAUAGAUUAAUUUAGACCAAGAGAUUCAUGGUCAUACACGACCUUAUGAAGGGUUUGUGCAAUGCAAAGACGUAGCAAGUACAGACUAGCCAAAACCAGUAUGAGAUUCUUAAUAUAUUAGAGCAGCAAACCUAAUAAUAAUAAUAAUGUUUAAUGUGAAGGGGAAAAAAAUGAAUAUUUAAAAUGGCGUGAGAUAGAUAUUAACAUGAUCACAUGGAGAAGAGAGUAAUUUUUGAUGUUAAAGCCUCUGAAAACAAAGUAUUUCUCAAUAACAUCAAAUAUUUAUGACUAAAAAAGCAACAACAUGAACUGAAAAAAGAAAUCUGUCAUGUGAAAUAAUCAAAAACGAGAGAUAUGAGGGUUUAUGUAGGAUUAUAUUGUUUAAAGGGGACCUAUUGUGCUUAUUUUAGGUUUCUACUACACUUUACACACUUUAAUAUUCAAAACACACUUUAUUUUUCACACACUGUCUUCCUGAAUAUAACUGUAUCCACCCUCUGUCUGAAACACGCUGCUUUAGUGCCUGUCUCUUUAAGACCCCGCUCCCAGAAAAGCACAGUCUGCUCUGAUUGGUCAGUGUAUCCGGGUCUUCCAUUUCUCGGCGUCCCUGCACCAUCAUCGCAGCGGGGGAAUGACUGUAACGGAAUAUAACGACAUUUUCUGCUGUAAAAAAAUUACCAAAAAAAGGAGUAUGAUCAGCAACAAGGAAUACAUGUUCCCCUGAUGUUAGCAUGUAGCUACAUGUAGCAGUGUAGGCUACGUGCUGUAAACACUUAGUGUGAACCUGUAAGCACAGGUGCUGUGGGGCGACACAUAUGAAAUGGCAACACAAUUGUCAUAUAUCAACGUUUGGUCAUGGACUUUUAAGUUCUGCCUCAUACAUGCAUUGUCUUCUUUCAAAAUACACUUCUGUUUUUACAGGAAAUUUACCGUUAACAUAGAGUCUCUUUCAAAAUAAGCACACUACAUCAGUACAACACUGAAAAUUGACGGGGUUUUUUCCCCUUCGACAACAAAUGCAUGUGUUUGCGUUUUGCCAACACACACAUGGCUGGGUUUAGGAGAAAAGAACAGGGUUUGGCUUUACAAUCUCAAUCGAACACUGGCGUCUCAGGUGAAAGACGGUGUUUGUUGGACCCAUCCACUACCCCUCUCACCUGCACCCUUGGACUUUCACCGCCUUAACUUUUGUUCUUGUCCUGCCAUGUUUCCCUCUGAUGCUGCCGCGCACUGUUAAACUACAGUAUAAUGGCGAUUGGCCGUGUAUCAUGCCGAUGUUAAAGGACGGCUUUUAUCAUCGGUGUCUGAUGCCGCAAGUCACUGCCCAAGCACCGGACUUAAAGACUUCGGAGUGAGACCAGGUUAGAAAUAGGGCGGUUUAGAGAGUCAAACACUUAAUUUCCUAUAUCCUGGUGAAGUUUUAUGCAUCUUUUGCCUUUUCUGCAGUUUACGGUGGAAAUGUCUUAAAUCACGUCAAAAUAAAACUUCUCUGCUCCUGUCAUGGUUUAAUUAGAGGGAACAAAUGCACAUGUUCAAAUGUUCUAAAUAUUGAGGUGGACAUGCGCCCUACAUCCCCCCCGAAAUCUUCACCUCUGAGAUGACUGUAAAAAGGAAUUUGUCAUCAGCUUGUAGCCAAAGUAGAAAAGCCAUUGUAAAAAAAAUAAUUCCGAACAAUCUGAAGCCUGGGGUUUUUGCUCACACUGAUUUGUUUUUUACAUUUUAUACCUCAUUUUCUGAAACUUUGGCCACAUUUAAUAUGAACAUCGGACACUGUAAUAUUUUCUAUAUGACAGAAAAUAUGAAAAAGGCAAAAUAGGUCCUCUUUAAAGUGAGAAGCUGAUUGGGAAUAUGUGUUUUCGGGGCCUUUAAAUCUGAAGGGAAAAUAGUUUAAAAUGUGAAAUGACAUGACAGAAAUCAAAGUGAACAAACAAGUAUUUGAAUGUUUACAUAUACGUUGCAUUACGUUCACCAAACCAGGAGAUUUCUAUUAGCGGUUAUAGAGACGAUGCAGCAGGAGGGGCAAUCACAAAUGUGUGCAAUUUGGACAAACUGCCAUUUGUCCAUUUCCAUCACAGGACGGAAGUGAGAUUAAACAGUUUAUGAUGUGAUGUUUGAUGCAAUGACCUGUCUUCAUGGGCGUCUGGUAAUGAAAAGUGUUUUAGGCUCCUGAGUAGAAAGAACAAGCGAACACACCUCCACAAUCACUUUCGUCUUCAUUCUGCACUUACACUGACAAGGUCUGAAGGGGGCCAAUUUUGUUUGAUUUAUCACCUGUCUGUGGAGACCUUGAGUCAGCAUUUCACAAUAUAGAUGUGUGUGGAUGUGUAUUUAUGCAUGGAACAAAGUGAAAUUUGCUGUAUGUCCUUUUUCAAUUUCCCCUUUUCGUUCCAACUUAUUUGUCUUUGUCUCAGAAACUGUUACUGAUGCUUCAAUUUCUUUGCACAAUCAACCAAAGGUGAAGAGCAGAGCUGGGUUUUAGCUGGAAGUCAAAUGUUUUUGAGGGAAUACAGACCAUCAGCAGCGAGGUUCCAGCGUUUGGACCCCCAGUGUGCAGGUGGCCCCAAACAUUACUCAGUGUACAAAGCAAUAAAUUCAUAGUAACAGUUCUGGUCAAACGUCACAAACAGUCAUUAUGUUGCUGUUUUUUAUGCAUUUGUUUGAAAGUCAUGUUUUUUUGUGAUAACAAAUGUAGAAAAUUAACACUUGUAAAGAAAAAAAACAUAUAUGUAUGAAAAAUAUAGUAAUAGAGUCCAGCACAAACGUCUUUGACAACAAAGAGGUGCGAAGAGUUUGUGACGGGGCUGCUCACCAGAUGAGAAUGAUAAAAAGAGCUCUGCCUGAGAGGCGGACGCUCUUCUUCUUCUUCAUGUUUCUGUUUUUGUUUUGGUGUGGUCCAUGUUGUUUCCUCUCUCUUUCUCUCUCUCUCUUCACUCUUUCCUCACUCUUUAGUUUGAUUAAUGUUCUUCAUUCAGUGGCUGGACCCCCCUACUUAUAACCACAUGUACCUCCUCCCUGUUCAACCCUGAUUCCAUUGUCACAAUAUCCAUUGACAUUGAGGAUGAAACCUAAAUAGGUGAUUCUGCAUUUUCAAAAAUGACAAAUGUGCAACCUGAAGUAGUUAAAAGUUUCCUGUUUUGUGCCUCUGAAGUUACAGUGUGAUUCUAUGGCUUCUGUUGCUGUGUAAAUUGAGAGAUUUGUUGGUGUCGAAAUGAAAUACUCUAUAUCCUUUUUUGAUAAAAAAGAAAAGCAAACAA